CUUCAGAAUCAGGUAAUGGGAAUCCCGUGAUAAUUCCCAAAAUAAAAAUAUUAAAUACGAAUUCGCAGCGCGAGUGGAGAACCUCGGAGACUCCGCCCCUCUUCCUGUUCUUCCACGAUUGAAAUGCCCGGAUGUUCUUCGCUUCCGGUUGUGAAGCUACUGCCAAUAGUGGGCUUGGCCGAGCGGAGGCCUGCCACUCUCGCUGCCGACUGGCAGUGGGUUGUCGUCGGGGGAAAUGGAGCUGGAGCUGGAGACGGAGGCGUUGUUGCAGGAAGCGCACGAGAGCAUCGAGGCGGCGCGUACCUACUGCCGUGAGCUGCAGCAACGCCUAAAAGGACUGCACCUGGCUCGCCAGCAGAUCAAAAAUAGUGCUGCACACACCCGGGAAGUCCUGGAACAGCAUUUCAGCGACUUAAAAGGGACCUUGAAGAAGUUGUUGGAUGAAAGAUUGGCCUCCUUGCUCCAGGAAGUAGACAGCAUAGAACAGGAAAGUAUCAAGCCCUUGGAUGAGUGCCAGAAGCUCAUAGAACAAGGAGUUGGGACAGCCAAUGAACUUCUCCAGGAAGGUGAAAGUGCCAUUGGUGGAAUUACAAGGGACAACAGUGAGAAGCUGUGCAGUUUUACAAAAAAGGCUUUGCACAUUCAGCUGGACAGUUUACCUGAAGUGCCACCGCUGGUUGAUGUGGCUAGCUUAUCUGCUCAAUGGGACGACUCCUUUUUUACAAUAAUGAAAAGCUACAUCUUCAGCCAUGGAACAGUAGCAUCUCGACCACCCAUACAGAUAGAAGAACUGAUCGAGAAGCCUGGGGGUAUCUUAGUACGAUGGUGCAAGGUUGAUGAGGACUUCACCCCACAAGACUACAGACUUCAGUAUCGCAAGAGUACCACUUGCCAUUUUGAAGAUGCGUACAUCGGUUCAGACACAGAAUUCACGGUGUUGCACAUCGACCCCAACAUUGAUUAUCAGUUCAAGGUUUGUGCACGGGGAGACGGCCGUCAGGAAUGGAGUCCAUGGAGCGUUUCUCAAACUGGGCGUUCCACAUUAGUGCCUCAUGAAUGGGCUCCAGGCAUGGAAGGCUACAGCUUGAGCAGCCGAAGAAACAUAGCCCUCCGAAACGAUUCGCAGGCAGGUGGAGUGCUGUAUUCCAAGGCUCCAACUUACCAUUGUGGCCAGACGCUGACAUUUCGAAUUGAAACACUUGGCCAACCAGACAGGAAAGAUAGUAUUGGAGUUUGUGUUGAGCAGCUCAAAGGCUAUGAUUCUUUGCAACGGGAUAAAGCUGUGUGCAUUAGUACCAAUGGAGCUGUUUUUGUCAAUGGAAAGGAGAUGACCAACCAAUUGCCUGCGGUGACCUCAGGGUCAGCUGUAACCUUCGACAUGGAAACUGUGAAUUUAGGCCCUUGCAAUAAUAAUGGGGGGAACUUCAAACUCAGAGUGACAAUUAGUUCCAACAACAGGGAAGUGGUCUUUGACUGGGUACUUGAUCAAUGCUGUGGCUCUCUGUAUUUUGGAUGCUCCUUCUCCUAUCCCGGCUGGAAAGUUUUGGUGUUCUAAGUGUUAGACUGAGAAGCAGUAGUUGUCUUUUGGUUGCGUCAUUCAAAGGGUUCGGACUGCAAUGACACAAUUAUUUGCCCAUCCAGGCUGUUAAAUCUGUGUGUCUUUGGUAUACUGCUGUUGGCUCAGACAAGAGUAAGCUGCUUAAUGCCAUUUUUCUGUGAGAUGAACAUUACUUGAACUCUGUCUUCUCUACUGGAUUCACCUGAAAUAUUGGCGAAAUGCUGAGUAACCUGGAAAAUUUAUGUAAGCUGUUGCGUUUGCUACUCAACAUCAUGCAUUUUGAGUAUUAUUUUUUUUAGAACACCUCUCUCCAUUUGGAUGCUCUCCAGAGGUGCUGGACAGGAUUCUCCACAAUCCCUAGUCAAAGGGGGAAGAUACGAGUUGUAGUCCACCUCUGGAGACCACCAAGAGAGAGUGUGGUUUUGAAAGAAAAAGGUAGAGAUGAUUCUGUUACUGUGGUCCUGCUAUCAAUGCUUGGUCAUACUUAUUACGUUUGCCUAGUGUUAUUCUUUGGCUCAGGGUUAAUGGACCAAAACUGUAUGUAUGUUUUCCUAUUCAUCAGAGUUCGGUACUGAAGUGAUGCACCUCAACCUACUCCUGCCGAAAGCUUUUUGUCCACUGGGCAAUAAGACCUUUUGGGCCUCUACAUUAUCCUUUUCCUUCAGUGCCUUGCCAUUGACGGCAGAAGAAAUCUGAGCUGAAACGUUAGCUUUGGCAAGCCAUACCUAUGUGCCUUCGUUGGAUGCUUCUGUUGAACAAUAUUUCACUUGUGAAAGAGAAAAUUUUGUUCCUGGCAUUUGUCGCUUUAAGCGACAUUUUUCCGCCCCUCUGUGCUCAUUGCAGUGCCUUCUACAGUUUGUGCCUUUUUCAAGAUGAUAUCAUACAGUCCGAGGAAAUAUUUAGGGCGCAAAUGUUUUAGACCUUUCCUGAACACUUGUACGGAGUCUAGAGUUUUGUGUAGCAGGUAAAUUAUGUUCCUCACACCCGUCUUUACCUAGACUUGCUUUUAGAUAAUUUUAUAGAAAGUGGGGUGGGGUCAGACCAGCAGGGUAUGCAAGUGAGCUUGCAAAUAAGGAGGUACCGUAUAAAAAAUAAUGCAUAAUAGAGGUCUCUUAGCAUGCAUUUUAAAAUUUGGUUGAUGUAACCAAGUUAACAGAUGAGCCAGGUACUAACUUUAAGUAGAGAGUAACAGCUAAUGCAUUUUUGCUCAACCUCUGCAGUUAAUUACCAUUUUGCUGUUUUAAUUUGGGCAAGUGAAAUCCCUCUUUGGGGGAUCUCCUUUGUACGAUUAAAUUGCCUGCAUGCCCAUCUCCCAAAAUGGGGGACCCAGUCUUGGCCGCUGUUUCCUUGCAAUAGCGGUAUCCUGUUAAGUAAGAUCUGCAGCCGGUUUCUUUCUUAAACUUUUAAGUCUUCGAUCCCAGGCCCGGAGGCUUUAGCUGCAGUCCUUAGCUGCCCUACCCCGUCUGACAAGUAAGCAAAGACAGGAGCUGCUGAUAAAAAGAGCAAAAUUCCUCCCUUCCCUUCUUAUACGGUAGGAUUGCCAGCUAUGAGUACUCUGAUUUCAGCCUUAAGUAAAAGUUGUCACCAGUUAUUAAUGUCUGGUCAAUUGGGAGUAGGUCUUUUGGUUCAGGAAUAUAUAACUCAGCCUUAUCUUGUGGCCUAUUGCAAUCUGAUGUUUUCUAGAUAUAUUUCACUUCCUUUCCUGUUGCUUAUCAGAAUUAUGGGGUUGAAGUUCCAAUAUAUCUGGAGGCAAGAUUUUGGGGAAGGCUAACUGAAUACUCUGUGGAGCAGAAUCUAAAUAAAAAUGGUUAGUUUCCCCCCCACUCCACCCCGAUCUCAAGAUAUCCUGUAAGAAGCUGAAAUUUAAGGAUUAUAGAAUCCUACCUCUGCCCCUCCCCAGUUUAAAAUCAAGCCAUGCCAAAACUCUUCUACUCAUAUAAAUCACCACAUUGUCUUAUGUGUUCAUAUGAAUAUAAGAAAGGAUAUUAAUGCAUUAACAUUCUUCUCUUAAGAAUGUCAAAUGCAAACCAGAUCAUCCAUAUACUUUUUAUCUCUCAUUAUUGAUUUCUAUGAAAAUGUAUUUGAGCAUAAAACAAAACUGGUACCAAAAAAAACCAAAAAAAAAACCAAUGAGAUACUUUAGUUCACCUUUAGCUUUGUAUGUUCAUUAUAUAAUGGUAGGUUGGAGGUUCCCGCUUUUUAGAAUGUUACACAUAAAUCGGGAUUUGCGAAGGUAUUCGGACGUGCUGUUUCCUCUUCUUGAAGGAUUGCCAGAGAACAUUUGCAAUUUCAUAUAUACCAUACAAAAUGCCUUUGCUAUGUAAAAUAAGUAACUUUUUUUACAUCUGGUGACAGAUGGAAUGGAGGACAUAAUCCAAAUAUUCAACUGUUAGAAGACCAAAAAUAUAAAGCAACAUUUAAAACAGCCAGAUGCUAUCCAGAUAUCAGGGUUGUAGUUCUUAUCCUUCCGUUGGAAUAGAGUAAGAUCUUCAUUUUUUAAUAUACCACAGACUUCUAUCUUGUGUGAGGAAGGCAUGUAGAUGCUGAGCUAAUAAGGAAUUUUCUGAAUUUCUUAAAUUUUUGUAAAAGCUUUUUUGCUAUAGCAAUAGAAAUUUGUUUCCCCAGCAAAGGAUGACUUUCUGCAGCUGGGGAUGGGAGACAAAGAGGAAACAGAGAUUUUAUCUCUUGAGAGGGUAAAUUCGGGUUUUUUUUUAAAAAAAGAAUAGCUAUGAAACAGGAAGGCUAUUCAAAAGCUUACCUUGAACCUAUUUAUGAGCAGCAAAAAUGUUCAAAAGAAAUUGAAUCAGUAUUUUAGAGCCAUAAGAAUUCUGAAAAAUUGGAUUCUUUGUUCAGACAGUAUUCAUAUGAGAUGGCAGUUCUUGGAGGCAAAGUUAGCAUGGAAUUAUGUUUUGUAUGCACUUGUAUGUAUUUACCUCAAGAUACUUUGUAUCAUGACUUUUUAAUAAAGGUUUGACUUUAUUGUACCCUA